CGAGUCACCGAGAUGUACCAGCUGGAGAAGAUCUGGGUCCUGCUGUGCCUGACCCUCGUGGGUGUCCUUGGCUUCGGCCAGUUCCACAUGAAGCACUACCAGCUGCAGCGCAACUACAACACGCAGGAGGAUUCCGGCGAGAACGACAACAGUGUGCUGCGAACUUUUCGCCGCUGCAUGUGGGAACAGUCGAAGUUCCUGCCCCGCCGCCUCGUUCUGCUGAGCCUGUGCUCGAAUCUCUUCUGCGAGAACAAUCACAUAAUGCCUCGCUCCAGGUCUAUUUUCGUAGUGGAAAAAAUGUCUAGGCCGAAUGACUGCCUGGACAUCCUGCCCGACCAGUGCGAGCAGGGCGAUGAGGAGGAGCUGAUGUACAAGCCCUUCCCCGACUGCUGUCCGGUUUACUGCAACCUGAAGCGUCGGAUGCAGCGCCUGCGCACCAUGCACUUCCGGCACCGCCUGCUGCGCAACAAACAGGACGGCUCCUCGGGAUCCGCCGGCGGUGGAUCCGCUGGCGGCGACGGUCCCAACAACUCGCUCCUCAGCGAGUUCGUCUACAACAACUACUAGGACGGAUGGCCGAACUGGGACAUGGACGAUGCGAGGACAUCCCAGCAAAUCGAAUUACUGUGCGAUUUGUGAACUGGUCAACUUGUACUUUUGCCUGACAACUAACAACUGACUACUGGAGUUCGCUCACUGAGCGGAAAGUGGAUUUUAUUAAUCUCAAUCUCAACUUAUAGGCUAAUAAUGUAGGAUAUCAUAUAAUAUAUAAUCUGGUAUUUAUCAAAGUAGACGUCUAGGCCUUAAAAUAAGUGUGUUAACAUGUUAACUUGAUAUCCUCAAUUAUUGACAAACAGAUUGUAUUUGCUGGCUAGAGAUUGUAUUAAUCUGGAAAUAUACACCCAAAAAAAUGAUAUGAUAUGAAA